AUAGGAAUCCCAGGAAAUUCUAGAUUGUGCUGGGCUCUGCUGGUCUGGAUUCGCCUCACAAAUUCUGAGAACCUGCCCAGAUCAUUUCAGAUGUUGCUACAAUUUAGCUCGAUUCCGGAAAUGUGUUUUGAGCUGUUAGGGUAUGUGAGGGAUUGUGGUAGGUGUUGCAAAGGGUUCAGAAAAAAUUGCUCGCCUAACAGAUCAAAGCAGCCAACUCCAGCUUCUACUUUCCUUCAGGAGCCCCCACAGCCGCAAUGAUAAGGUCUCCACUGAGUGUGACAUUCGGAGCCCUGGGUCUGGUUUGAGUCUCUCUCUAGCUGCCAUCCUGCUGCUAUGCCCUCUGCGUGCCCUGUGUGCCAGCCACCAGCGUUCUCACCAUUCCCAUACUCUGAGGCUGGCCCGGUGGCCACGCCUUGCUUACACCCUUCCCUCUGCCUGGGUGCCCUGCCCUUCCUGAUGAAAUCUUGCCUGUUUCUUAAGAACUAAAAGUACCAUGGGCGGACGUGGGAUGGAAUAUUCAAACCUCACAUAGGGUUGGACGUGGUUCCUCUCCAGAACCAUCAUUCCCUUCUCCAGGCAACCACUGUGUGGGACCAUGCUGGACUCCUUGUUUGUUUGUUUGUUUGUUUGUUUGUUUUUGAGGCGGAGACUCACUCUGUCGCUCAGGCUAGUGGAAUCGGCUCUUCUUGCCUUUGUCACUUUAUAGCAUUUCUUGGAGAUUGUUUCAUAUCUGUACAGUUUGAACUGGCUUAUUAUAGUAUUUUUGAAGGCCACAUGGUAUUCCCUUAUGUAACAACACCGUAAUUUAUUUAACCAGUUCGCCUUGUUUGCAGGCAUCGAGGUUGUCCCCACUCUUGGGCUCUUACAGUGCAAAGGAGUCUCUUUAAAGCCUACCUCUGACGUCUCGUCCCCCUUUCUGCCUGCCUCUGAAAUGUGUUGGCUGGGUCACUGCACUCUGUAUGGGACCUCCCAGGGCAGGGAUUGUGCUACACCUGCCUUCUCCUUUCCAUGCCUGUCACAUGUGCUGACUACCCAGUUGCCCAUGCGCUUUUGGUGCUUCUGCUGCCUCUCUGAGCCCUGGCUCCUUGUCGGGACUCUGCUGGGGAUGGAGCUGGAGAGAGCUGGGCCGCCCCAUCUUUGCCUCGUUCUGGCUUCCUGCUUUGUGCAGAGCUGUGUCUGGAUGGGCUGAUGUGUUCCCAUGGCGACAGACUUCCACAGUUUCAUUCUUACCGGCCUCCUCCUACUUCACCAGAGGGAUGGGCCAUCAUAUAGCCAGGCCCUUAUUGACAGAAUUUAGCUCGUUUCUCUUUAAACACGUUUGAGAGGAUGGCCGCUUGGGCGUCCAUUGCCGAGAAGAGGAUCUGGAUUCCCGGCCUCCCCCAUGAAACUGCUAGCAGUAGCUGCUGUUGAUUGAGCACUCACCUGGAUGAGCGAGGCAGCGUGCAAAGGACUUGGGCUCUGUUUUCAUCAGAUACAGUAACCUUGUGAGGCAAGCACUGUUUUCCCUGCUGUACAGAGAGAGAAACUGAGGCUCUGAGAGUAACUUGGCAAAGGCCACUCAAACAAUGUAUUUCAAGAGCUGGGAUUCCAACUCAGUUGUGCUUGACUCAGGAUCUGAGCCUCUGUAGCUACUGAACUCACCUGGCUUCCUAGAGAGGAUGGAAAUGGGGGAGGAGGUAACGGGCAGCUCACCUCCCAGGCCUUGUGCCUAAGGCUGGCUGCCUGAGAGCUGAAUUGGGGUUCACACACAGAAAGAUGAUGGCUGCCAUUAGGCCUCCUCCACUGAGGAGACACAAAAGGCUGCUUUGAAAGGCAAAUCCAGGAGCACCUCUCUGGCCUGUUCCUGAACCCAGCUGCCUGGCCAGAACUUGCAGGAGUGGUCUGAAACUCUUUCCUUGAACAGACCACAGUUGGUCAGAACGUGUCACUUCUAGAUUGAUGUGGUGUUGAACCUGUGCACCAGAUCUCUCAAUGAGACCUGGGAAUCUUCAGCCUCCCCUGGGCUCUCUUCCUGAACAGUCAAGCUUUGGAACAUGUAUUGAUUUCCCUCCUCCCCUUCUCUGCUUUUGCACUUUGGAUGAACCUUGUUUUCGAAGAACAGUAGAAGGGAGUUGACCACACUUGGCCAUUUCCCAGAACGGCCCCACCCCAAGGGUGAGCGGCCAAUGAGGAGCUGUUUCUGCUGACAUCAGUUUCCCAGGAGGUACCCAGCCCAAGUCUGCCCAAGUGAAGAUGGCUGAUACCCACCCUGGGAUGGAGCCCAGCGCCUGAGGCCCUUAUCAUGGUGAUGGUCCUAAGUGAAAGCCUCAGCACCCCGGGAGCUGACUCCAUCGCAUGUGGGACCUUCAGCCCUGAACUGCACACGCCAAAGAAGAUGAGUCAAGGACCUACACUUUUCUCUUGUGGAAUUAUGGAAAAUGACAGAUGGCGAGACCUGGACAGGAAAUGCCCUCUUCAGAUUGACCAACCGAGCACCAGCAUCUGGGAAUGCCUGCCUGAAAAGGACAACUCACUAUGGCACCGGGAGGCAGUGACCGCCUGUGCUGUGACCAGUCUGAUCAAAGACCUCAGCAUCAGCGACCACAACGGGAACCCCUCAGCACCCCCUAGCAAGCGUCAGUGCCGCUCACUGUCCUUUUCCGAUGAGAUGUCCAGCUGCCGGACAUCAUGGAGGCCCCUGGGCUCCAAAGUCUGGACUCCUGUGGAAAAGAGACGCUGCUACAGUGGGGGCAGCGUCCAGCGCUAUUCCAACGGCUUCAGCACCAUGCAGAGGAGCUCCAGCUUCAGCCUCCCUUCCCGGGCCAACGUGCUCUCCUCACCCUGCGACCAGGCAGGACUCCACCAUCGAUUUGGAGGGCAGCCCUGCCAAGGGGUGCCAGGCUCAGCCCCGGGUGGACAGGCAGGUGACACCUGGAACCCUGACCCGCACCCCAUGGGAGGGGGCCGGCUGGACCUGCAACGGUCCCUCUCUUGCUCACAUGAGCAGUUUUCCUUUGUGGAAUACUGUCCUCCCUCAGCCAACAGCACACCUGCCUCCACGCCAGAGCUGGCAAGACGCUCCAGCGGCCUUUCCCGCAGCCGCUCCCAGCCGUGUGUCCUUAACGAUAAGAAGGUCGGUGUUAAAAGGCGGCGCCCUGAAGAAGUGCAAGAGCAGAGGCCUUCUCUAGACCUUGCCAAGAUGGCACAGAACUGUCAGACCUUCAGCAGCCUCAGCUGCCUGAGCGCAGGGACAGAGGACUGCGGUCCCCAGAGCCCCUUCGCCCGCCACGUCAGCAACACCAGGGCCUGGACCGCCCUGCUCUCAGCCUCCGGCCCAGGGGGCAGGACCCCCGCUGGGACCCCGGUCCCUGAACCUCUUCCCUCUUCCUUCGACGACCACCUCGCCUGCCAGGAGGACCUGUCCUGUGAGGAGUCAGACGGCUGUGCCCUGGAUGAGGAUUGCGGCAGGAGAGCAGAGCCAGCCGCAGCCUGGCGGGACCGCGGGGUCCCCGGGAACAGCCUCUGCUCCCUGGAUGGCGAGUUGGACAUCGAGCAGAUAGAGAAGAACUGAGGGGACGUGUGGGCCCAGGCAGGGCUGGGGUGCGCUGGCAUCGACAGCCCUCCCUUUGGGCACUAGGUGGGCCCUGGAAGGGAAGCCCAACUCGUGGGCCUGAUGAAAGUUUCCUGAGUGGGGUGUCGGGUCCCAGAGAGGGAGCCCACCCGCUGCCUUGGGGAGAGCCUGGCCUGGCCGCGUCACACAGUGGGUGUGUCAGCCUCUCACCGGCUCCCCGAGUGUGGCAGCCACCAGGUCCACAGAACUACUGCAGCCCAGAGGACAGCCUUGGAGUUUGCGUCUUUUCUGCCUCUCUUCCCCUGGGAUGUUGGGCGGUCUCUGUUGUCCCCGGCAGAGCUGGGCACCGCUCUGUAUCCCCCUGGUGGGGGCUGUCAGGGGGGGCCUGGGUUGGGGGCCAGGGGCCAUCUGCUGUGUCAGGGCCCUUCUUGGCCUCGCUCAGGUUCACUUUUGGAGAGCCGGUCCCGCAGCUUCUUUCACUCAGUUUUACUCCGUGCCUUCUCUCCCAGGUCUCCCUGCUUCAGGCUUGGGAAGGUUCGGGAGAUGCUUCCUUCUGUAACACCAGAACCAUUUGGCCUUAAUUCCAAUGUGAGAGACAGAAUCCCUGGGGUGCUGGACUGGCCCCCCAGAGGGUAAGCCCAUGUCCGGAGUCUCGGGCCCAAGGAACAGUUUGGAGGGGUGCAUGUUAGGGCCUUCCAUGUUGGGCAGAAAUUUGGUGGGUCUGUUUUCUGAACGGACUCUCUUGCCUCUCCUGCAGCAUGGAGAGCCUGACCCCAUCGCUCUGCCACCGCUGGGGCAGGGUUAGCAGAUGGCAGCCCUUCUCUGUGGUUGACUGGUCGCUGAGUGAUAAGUGUGGUUGGUUCUGGUGAGUGUAGGGAUGGCACGAUACCAGGGCAGCCUCUUGAAAAUGGCCUUGGGAGACAGGAGCUGGGGGCAGGUGGACAGCUGCAGGCCCUGUGCCCAUUCAGGGGUGAAGGGCGUCCGCUGACCAAUCUGCAGAGGCCCUGCAGGAUUCCACGCGCCUCCCAUUUGUCCUUGAGGACUGCUGGCUAUAACCAGGGCACACCACCCACCUCAAGACAAACCCCCACCCUUGUCAGCUUAGGGGGAGCCCAGUCCUGAGGGCUGCAUCUCUGUCGUAGGCCCAGCCAUGGGCACAAAGCUGGACGGAUACUCCCCGCCCCUACCCCGCCCUGGCUUCUCACCCUGGGGCAUCCAAGGAGCCUAGCCCCCUGAGGGUUUGCUGUCCUCUCCGGGUUUGUAGCUGCUCUCCCGCCACCUUGCAGACACCACCACAUGGGCUCUGCUCUAUGGGAAUCUGGCUUUUAGUGAAUUUGGCGUCUUCUGCAGACAAUAGCAAUUGGGCUGGCUUAGGAGUAAGUGGCUCAUUUUCCCAUAAGGCUAAAAAUAACUGGUGUGCUCCCUCGCGUUAGCUGACAUGCGUUAAAAGCACUUUUGUAGUCAUUUUGCUUUUACUCGUCUUCCAUGGACGAGUGAACGCCUUGCUUCUGCAGGUCGAGUCCAGAUGCUUCUCGCCUUUCUCCUCAAGAAAGCUGCUUUUUGGGAAACCUUGUUUAAACCUUCUUUUUUUUUACUACAUCAAAAGGGUGGUGGUUCAAGUUCCCAAUAUGUGGGUGGCACUUCUUACAAAUCAGCUCUAAGAAGCUGGCAGAAAGCCCCCAGCUCCACGGCCCUGAGAGAUGCUGUUGCCAUCCCAGGGUGGGUGGCACAUGGGGGUAUGCCGGGCACUGGGCAGGUCCCAGAGCGGGGGAACCAGCUCGCCUCUGGUCGCUGUAGCUCCUGCCAGAGGCACAUCUCCUUGUGAUCCUGGACAGCCAAACCCAAGAACUGGUGGCUCUGAGCAGAGAUACCUUGGCCUGUCCCUGCCUGGGGGUCAUGGAGACCAUGUCUUCUUAGAGCAAAUUCUUCUUAGAGGAGACCGGGGCAGUGGCUGGGUGAAUGUGGAGAGCACAUGGCCAUGCCUCACUCCCAGAGUAUCACCGGGCACGGGAGGUCCUGGCGUCACCCAGCCGGUGUGGCCACCGAGGGCACACAGCCUCUAAAGCAGGCCUUCCUGUGGAAGGCAGAGGCAGUGAGGGAGGCGGACGGUGCCAGCCGAGGCUAAGGCGUGCAGCAGCCCCCAGCUACCUUUGCUUAGGGUAGAGGUGGGAGGCACAUGGUGACAGGUAUGUGUCAUGGGACUGGGGUGUGGGUGACCUGCCCUCAAACCCUGCCUGCCACCUCCCCACUCAGGCCUGGUGGCAGGGAGGGACAAGCUGUGGAGCUGGCCAAGUCACAGCCACCUCCCCACCUCCCUGCAAGCUGGUCCCAUUGACCAGCAAGCCCAGCCUCCGGGCGCUUAGGCAGAAAUGGCCCAGCCUCCUCAGACCCCACCUGCCUGUCCUGUGCCACUGCCGCCCCUAGCCCAGCUGCCUGUCCUGGGCCACCACCGCUCCUAGCCCGAGCCCACCACGCAGCAAUCGGGAGAAGAUGGUGGCUGUCCCUUCUGCUUAGAGAAAGAAAUGGCCUUCAGCUGGUUUCGUGUUUGUCUCUUGACUGGAGAGAGUAGACCCUGUCUAUAAGGUGCCACCCCAUCAUCCAAGCCGCCACACAGCCCAGAGCGGCCUGUUCCUGCACUCCACCCUGCUGGCCCCAGGACUUCUGAUCUCAGUCCUCUGGGAGGGAGGCUUGCCCAGGAGGUGCCCCCCACGUUGGUGUCCCCACGGGCAGCAGGCAGACAGCUCACCCCCACUAGCAUGAGGGCCCCAGCUGGGGGCAGCGGCAGGAGCCUCGCUUUUGUCACAGCCUUGCCCACGAACCCUGCCUCUGAGGGGAGACCAAGGAAGGCCAGAGCCAGGAGCAAGCCGUGCCAGGCCAUCUGCCUGCUCGUGGGCCCUGAAGAGCGAGCUAAGCCUACAGGAAAGCCGAGUGGGAGGAGGGGCUUAGCGCCACGUGCAUCCCACUCAUUUCAAAGCCACCAAACUGCCAGGGGCUGCCGUCCACCUGUGGGGCCUGGGGGCCGGGACCACAGCCUCGCCAUUUUCGUUGCCACACCCUCUUGCCUUACUCACGGUGGAGGCCAGAGUUGCACGGACAGACGUGCAUCUAGGCCCACGGGGAGCUUGUUCUGACCAGACGUACAGAUUUUCAUUAUCAGAAAGCCUUACUUUUCAACCAAACUUUUGUAGCCAGUUUUGUGAAUUUGUACACUGAAAGAAAAUUUAAAUAAAGGGGAAGUCUACAUUAAAAAGAAAACAAACCCCAACUUCCAAAUGGGUCUCCUGGUGCAGGGGCGUGAGUGGCCAUGCACUGGGUGUGCUGCCUGUCUGAGCAAGCUCCCCUAGCUGCGGGACCCCUGGGCCCCUGCUGCGGGCUCGGCCGUGGUGUCAUGCCUGCUGCACCCCCGUUUCCACUGACGUGCCGUCUGUGACUAUUGGGGGGUGGUCACUUGAAUGAUGGUCAUUCCAGACGUCAGCCGGCAGGGAUGCAGCAGGCUGGCCGCGCACCCCGAUCAGGCACCCUGGCCCCACACUGGCAAUGAUGCCGCACCUUGCCAUGUCCACGCUGUUGGUCAAACCCCUCUGUCAUGCCUCUUUAAAGAGAAAAGAGAAAGGUUUUGUUUUGUUUUGUUUUUUAAUGGCAGAACGAAGUGGAGAUCUUGUAGCCUAGAUAGGAUAGUCUGACCUAGCGUAGUCUUUUUGGCAAAUGAUUUGUGUUUUCAGUGCGUGGGGAAGCUGUCCUGGGGGCUUGGGUGACAGAUAGCACAUAGGCUGUUUCUGGGGUUGCAGGAGCUUCCCUGAGCUGGAUGUUGUGGGUGUUGCAGAGCUUCAGGAAGUGUGGCGACCAGAAAGCGUAGAUCCGGGGCCCAGGGCCUGCCUGCCCCUGCAGCCUGGCCUCCCCGCACAGGCCGUGGCUUGCGCUCCAGCCGCUCUAGUCUCUCAGGAAUUUGCUUGUUACUUUUACUGUGUAAAUAAAGCUUCCUGGUUCAAUACCCAA